UCGCGUCGUUCCCACCAGCUCCGAAGGGUCACUGCUCCAAGAUGUGCUCCAGACAAAGCUCCGGCGGCUGCCAUGGGAUGUCCUCCCAGUCCGGCGGGUGCCACGGGGGCGGCUCCUCUGGUUACCUGUCCCAGGGCUCCUCGUGCUGCGGGAGCUCCAGCAGCUCCGGCAAAAUCAUCGUCAGCUCUGGCGGCAGUGGAGGAGGAUCCUGCUGCAGCGGCGGCUCCUCCGGAUACGGCAUGGGAGGGGGGUACGGUGGUGGAUCCUCAGGGACAAAGGUCAUCAUCGGAGGGGGAAGCAGUGGAGGUUCCUCUGGGUGCUGCAGUGGAGGCUCCUCCAGCUAUGGGAUAGGAGGAGGAUAUGGUGGAUCUUCGGGAUUAAAGAGCAUCAUCGGAGGGGGAACCAGCUCCUCUGGAUGCUGCAGUGGGGGCUCCUCCAGCUACGGGAUGAGUGGAGGAUACGGUGGUGGAUCCUCGGGAUCAAAGAGCAUCAUCGGAGGGGGAAGCAGCGGAGGAUGCUCAGGUUAUGGCAUGGGAGGAGGAUAUGGUGGAUCCUCGGGAUCAAAGAGCAUCAUCGGAGGGGGAAGCAGUGGAGGAUGCUCAGGUUAUGGCAUGGGAGGAGGAUAUGGUGGAUCCUCGGGAUCAAAGAGCAUCAUCGGAGGGGGAAGCAGUGGAGGAUGCUCAGGUUAUGGCAUGGGAGGAGGAUAUGGUGGAUCUUCGGGAUCAAAGAGCAUCAUCGGAGGGGGAAGCAGCUCCUCUGGGUGCUGCAGUGGAGGCUCCAGCUACGGGAUGGGAGGAGGAUACGGUGGAUCCUCGGGAUCAAAGAGCAUCGUUGUAGGGGGAGGCAGCGGAGGUUCCUCCGGAUACUGCGGUGGAGGAUCCUCAGGAUAUGGGACGGGUGGAGAAUACGGUGGUGUGUCUUCGGGAACCAAGAUCAUACUGGGAGAUGGAGGCAGUGGAGGUUCCUCUGGGUGCUGCAGCGGAGGAUCCAGCUACGGGAUGGGUGGAGGAUACGGUGGUGGAUCCUCAGGAUCAAAGAGCAUCAUUGGAGGGGGAGGUUCCUCCGGAUACUGUGGUGGAGGAUCCAGCUACGGGAUGGGUGGAGGAUACAGCAGUGGAUCCUCUGGAUACUGCGGUGGAGGAUCCAGCUACGGGAUGGGAGGAGGGUACGGCGGCGGCUCCUCAGGCCAGACCAUCAUCAUCAGCUCCGGAGGUGGCGGAGGAGGCUCCUCCCAGCAGAAGUGUCCCAUUGUCAUCCCCAGAGUGGUGUCCCACCAGAGCAAGCAGAGCUGCCACUGGCCCUACGGCCAGCAGAAGUGACCACCCCGGGCAGCUCCGGCUCUGCCACGGCUCCUCUUUGCCUCCAGCCCUGGCUCUGCUGCCUGGUCCUUCCCAGCCUGGCCCUUCCUGUCCCCUGGGUGUUGCAUCCUCGCGUGAGGACUCCAGGGUUGCCCUGCUCCUGGUGUUGGGAUGCCUUUGAUAAUGUUCUGCUGCUUUUCCAAAGCCACUUUUUACAACCAAUAAAC